UCAUUGUAUGAAUAUACAUGAGCCACUGAAAGCUAUGGGACCUUUGGCUGUCUAGACAGCUCUAGCCGGAGUCAGUUGGGUUUUUUUACAGGGGGCUCCUUCAACCCAACAAACCCCAGAGAAAGGACUACAACUUUUACCUUUCCUGCACAGGGGAGAUCAUGACAGGGGCCCAGCGCAUUAAAGGGCCAUUUCUGGUGCUGCUCUUGCAGCUUGUCCUUAUUUGCUCCUCUCAAAAUAACCAAGGACCCCCUGGCCCCCCUGGACCUGCAGGUGUCCCAGGAAUUGAUGGCAUUGCUGGAGAGAGGGGAGACGAUGGCGAAGACGGUCCUCCUGGACCCGGCGGAGAUGCAGGUAAACCUGGCUCUGGAGGAUUACCUGGAAUUCCUGGAAAUGAUGGUUUGACUGGCCCCAUUGGAGAUCCUGGGCCUGACGGUCCCCCCGGACAGAAAGGGGAACCUGGGAAACCUGGACCUCGUGGAGCAGCUGGUGCUGGGCCAGAUGGACCCCCUGGGCCACCGGGACCUGGAGGACUUCCGGGUGAAUUGGGAAAAGCUGGACCACCUGGGGCCAUGGGUGUGAGAGGGCCACAGGGACCUCGUGGAGCAGCAGGGCCCAGAGGUGCUUCUGGAGUGCUUGGCAGCACUGAUCUGUGUCCCAACUCCUGUCCACCUGGGACCUCGGGACAUCCUGGUCUUCCUGGCAUGAAGGGCCACAAAGGUGCAAAGGGUGAAGCAGGAGAACCUGGGAAACAAGGACACAAGGGUGCGGAGGGAGAGCAGGGAAGUCCAGGGGAGGUUGGAGCCCAAGGACCGAGGGGAGCUCAGGGAAUUCGUGGAGCUAUGGGAAUGAUGGGCCCAAAGGGAGAGAGGGGACCUCGAGGUCCUGAUGGAGAUCCAGGUCCACAGGGUGUUGCAGGGGCAGCUGGGGAUGUAGGCCAAAGAGGUGCUAUGGGUGAACCUGGGCCUAAAGGCGAACAAGGUGCUCAAGGACCAAGAGGACUCACAGGCGUUCCAGGUCCCAAGGGCGAGUCUGGCUUACCAGGUGUGGAUGGUCGUGAGGGUAUUCCUGGAAUGCCUGGAGCAAAGGGAAGCGUUGGGAAGCCAGGCAUCCCUGGAGAGGUUGGACUUCAAGGGCUUCCAGGUUUGCCUGGUGUACCUGGACCAAAAGGCACAAGUGGCCCUAAGGGAGAUUCUGGUAACUCAGGCCUUUCUGGAGCAAUAGGAUCUGCUGGCAAACUCGGUGAGCGUGGAGAACAGGGAGAGCUGGGAUCUGUCGGGCCCAUUGGUGAACCUGGAGAUAGAGGACAGCAAGGUCCUGCAGGUCCCGCUGGAAAGCCAGGUCCCCGGGGACCCAAAGGUGACCCUGGUCUUCCUGGUCUUCCAGGUCCUCCUGGUCUGCCUGGAAUAAAAGGAGAAAGGGGAGAUCGUGGAGAACCAGGACCCAAAGGAGAGCAAGGAGUUCAAGGUGAUGAGGGAAAUCCAGGAGAAAAGGGGGAUGUUGGUGACUCGGGAGAACCCGGCCCUAAAGGGGAAGUUGGUAACCCCGGUGAGGCUGGCAGAAUAGGUCCCGAGGGAAGUCGAGGACAGCCUGGCAUUGAAGGACCACCUGGCACACCUGGACCACGGGGCAUGCAGGGAAACAGAGGCCCACCUGGAGUCAGAGGAACACAGGGUCCUGCGGGUAAACAGCCAAGUGAUCAGCACAUCAAACAAGUUUGCAUGCGAGUCAUGCAAGAACAGCUGGCUCAGUUAGCUGCUAGUUUAAGGAGGCCAGAGUCUGGCAUUGCUGGUUUACCUGGAAAACCCGGGCCACCGGGGCCUCCUGGUCCUCCAGGAGACAACGGCUUCCCCGGGCAUGCUGGCUCAAGAGGCCUUCCAGGACUCAAAGGGCCACCAGGACAGAUGGGAACAAAAGGACCCAAAGGUGACAUGGGAGACAGAGGGGCCAGAGGACCCAUUGUUCGAGGACCGAAAGGUCAACCUGGACCACCUGGACUUCCUGGGGAACCGGGAAGGCCUGGCUAUGGCCGUGACGGUCAGGAUGGGCAGAGGGGACCUCCUGGUAUUCCUGGACAGCUCGGUGUGCCCGGGCCUCCGGGUCCAGCCGGUCCUAAUGGUUACUGUGACCCAUCAGCCUGCAACCUUCAGGCAGGAGCUGCGCAGCAGUCCUUGGAUGUGAAGGGACCUGCAGGAAACUAA